AUGUAUCAAAUAUUUGUGGAGAAUGUACAAUUUAAGCUACUCAUAAUUUUAUCAGUAGUAUUAUAUAUCAGAGAAUUGCAUGGAUCACAUAUAUCAACUGAAAAUGAUGAGCUGAUCUUCUAUGGAAAUGAAACACUCCCUUCAUGGUUAUCUUAUUAUAAGAAAACGAAUGGAGAGCCGUUUAAUCCUCAAAUUGAUAAUCAUGUUGAACAAAAUUAUUGGAUUGAAACAUUGGUAUUCGCUGAUCAUACAGUAAUGGAUCGUUUUGAGAAUAAGAAAAUGGCAGAAGACUAUGUUAAAACAUUGAUGAAAAUGACUGACGAAUUAUUUCAUCAUCCAUCUUUGGGAGUUAAUAUGAGCUUAGUUAUACAAGAUAUUAUAUGGGUCAGUGAAGCUGAG